GCAAACUCCAUCAAGUACAGAGUAUGGCACGGCUGGGCGAUGACUAUGGCGCGGUGAUGGGUCGGUUUGGUGCGUCUAUGAGCGACUUGGGUCUGCGAUUAGGCACUGAAUUCGAAGGACUCGGCCAACGAAUCGCCAGCGCUGUCAACUUCAGUACAACCUCCGCGUCUCGAGCAAAGUCCGCGUCUCGAGCAAAGUCCGCCACGAGAACAACGCAGAACAAUAGCACCACAGCCGCGACGAGCACCGUCCCAAGGCAUUUCCAUGCCGAUCGUGAGAAACCGCGGCAUGCCAUCAAUGAAAACGGCCUGCCAACGUUCGCAUACGGAAACAACAACGUGACCUUGGCAGCUGAACAUGACGCUCGAGCUAGGCGACAUCAAGAGCGAGACGAUGCCAAUGUUGUGCGAUACCAAGCGCGGGACGAGGCAAAGACAUCGCGACGCCACCGCCUUCACCGCCACCCCCAUCGCCGCGACAUUAUCAACGACGACGACGACACAUCUCGGGAUGACCAAGUCCUGGAUGCCUUGUCUACGAAACUGGAGAAGAAACUGACCAAGGUCGUGUACAAGUUCGACAAAAAGGCCGUGGCCAAGACCAAGCACAUGGACUCGUUGAAGUUGGCGGAGGCCAAAAAGCAACAUGCAGCGGCGAUGGCCACCCAUCUUCAGUCGUUCCACGACCACGUCCGUCCCCCCAAACCCCCAUCGAGUCCGCGCCUAGAACCACCAUCUUCGCAACCAUCGUCGUUGAGCACCAUGUACCACGCAGCAAAGCACGGCGAUGUGGGGACAUUGCGCCAGGUGCUGCUCUCGGCCUCUAGCGUGCACGUCCACGAUGCGAUGGAAUACAGCGACGACCGUCGACGGACGGCGCUGCUGGCAGCAGCGUGCAACGGGCAUGCCAACUGCGUCCUCUUGCUGCUGGAUUGCGGUGCAGAUGUUUUGGCCACAGAUGCCGACGGGCAUUCGGCUCUGCAUUUAGCAUGCAUCUCUGGUCAUGUUCAAGUGGUGGCCCUGCUACUGCGGCACCCCGUGCGACCGGCCAAUCCCUACCUUGUCAACCACGCUGGGCAAUCAGCCUAUGACGUGGCAGCACUGGAAAUUAUCUCGAAAAUGCAAGCGAUUAACAGCGACGAAGUACUAAUGAACGAAGCAGAAACCCCCUCGUGGGUGAAUAUCGCCACGUGUUUAGAGGUGCUCGAAGAGAGAUUAAAAGUAUUUGAAGGCUGGGUGCUCGGAUGUGAUGACCAGCCGACGGUCGACUGGCAACCGCGUUAUGCUGUUGUCCUUCGAACUGGAACCGAUCAAAUGUUACUUUUGAAUAUUCACCAAGUGCAGCAUGGCCUUCGAUUGGCCUUACCUCGCUUGGCGGUGAUGGUGGACGUGCACAACCCGAUGCCAAUCCUACCGAUGGACGCUAGCGUGGACUUGCCAGCGUGGUCCUUUUCGGCAGGGAAUGUUCGUUUGGCGGCGUUCAACCAAGCUGGGUUCGUCGCGUGGACGCAUUUCCUCUGUGUUGAAGCGGUACGCCCCUGUUCGUAAACCGAGGUGAAACACACUUGCUUACUAUCAACCGUGUACAUUUGCAGGUGGACGCAGCGCUGGAUUCCGUGUCCCUUCGUACAACUACCCCUGCAACCAAGUCCAUGGAGUUGUACGAGCUAGAGAUGGGCGACUCCGCAAAUGUGACCCCAGCCUCUGCGCCAGACGGGCAGGAAGUGCCGCGUUUGUCUCCAAUAGCAGCAGCAUCAACGCCGCUCCUUCCCCACUCGACCUCUGACGUGGCAGAAGGAGAGGAGUGCGUGGUGUGCCUGGACCGUCCCAAGCAAACCGUGUGUGUUCCCUGUGGACACGUGGCAGUCUGUGUGCCCUGCGCCGACGCGCUUCAACGUACGACCCACAAAUGCCCAGUAUGCCGCCAAGACGUCCGCGAAGUCGUCAAGUGGUUUCUCACGUGACAGAGUCGAAAAUAUAUAGUAUAAAAUAUUGACUGUGAACUAUAC